GUUCUCGGAGAACGCGGCAGUUCCACGACUCUUCUCCCAAACUUCCUGAAGUCUUUUCCCCAAACUGCGUGGAUUUCUUUUAUCCUAGUGUUUUUGUUCUCGUUUCAAGGAAGACAAAAACCGCCCGGUUGGAUUAAAAACGUGUCAAGGAAUAAUUUGUUUUGUCGUUAAAUGUGUCAGGCAGCAGCUGACGUCCUCAUGCCCUGCCCUGUGACUCCUACUUGGCCUGCUGAGCCCAUCAUAGGUGCUUGUGUGUCUGUUGUGGGCUGUAGCGACUGAGCGCUGGUGUCGGCCCCUGCUGGUGCCGGUGGAGGCGGGUGGUCAGAGGGCCCAGAGCCCCGGAAGCAGGCGGAGGGGCCUGUCCUGUCGCAGCCACACGAAGAUGAACAAACUGAACUUCCACAACAACAAAACCAUGCAGGACCGUCGCUGUGUCUGUGUUUUUCUGCCCAAUGAUGACACACUCAAUGUCAUAGUCAAUGUGAAGACUUUGUGCCAGGAACUGUUGGUCCAGGUGUGUGACCUUCUGAGGCUGAAGGAUUGUCACCUGUUUGGUCUCAGCGUCAUUCAGAAUAAUGAACACAUCUAUAUGGAGCUGGAUCAGAAACUGUCCAAGUACUGUCCCAAAGAAUGGAAGCGAGAAGCCAGCAAGGGAAUCGACCAGUUUGGUCCUCCUAUGAUCAUUCACUUCAGAGCCCAGUAUUACGUGGAGAACGGAAGAUUAAUCAGUGACCGUGUAGCCAGGUACUACUACUACUGGCACCUGAGGAAACAGGUGCUGCUCUCUCAGUGUAUCCAGAGAGAGGAGGCCUACUUCCUCCUGGCAGCGUUCGCCCUGCAGGCCGACCUCGGCAACUUCAAGCGCAACAAGCACUUUGGGAAGUACUUUGAACCGGAAGCCUACUUCCCUCCGUGGGUGAUCACUAAACGUGGUCGUGAGUACAUCCUGAGGCACAUCCCGAACAUGCACAAGGACCAGUUUGCUCUCACAGCUUCAGAGGCUCACCUCAAAUACAUCAAGGAGUGUGCACAGCUCGAUGAUGUCACUGUCCACUACUACAGGCUCUACAAGGACAAGAAAGAAGUAGAGGCGUCUCUCACGUUAGGACUGACUUUACGUGGAAUUCAAAUAUUCCAGAACGUCGGCUCAGUGAGGCAGCUGCUGUACGACUUCCCCUGGACCAACGUGGGCAAACUGGUCUUCGUGGGGAAGAAGUUCGAAAUCCUCCCCGAUGGACUCCCCUCGGCCCGCAAACUCAUCUACUACACGGGUUGUCCGAUACGCUCCCGCCACCUCCUGCAGCUGCUCAGCAACAGCCACCGGCUCUACAUGAACCUGCAGCCUGUUCUCAAACAAGUCCGUCGACUGGAAGAAAACGAAGGAAUCAUUGUGGUGGGUAAAGGUGAGGAGAUUGGGGGCCGUCUCCACUCCCCCUUACUGUCCGGUAACAGGAAACCAGCCUUGCAAGAUCAGGGCUGCCUGAUCUUGCAGUCGAUGGUUGCCUGUUCCAUCGGCAUGGACAUGGCUCCAUGA